GCCGGGGGAACCGCCGCGUUUCGCCGCGUUUCGCCGCUCCGGUGCACCGCGCUAAUCCCCCGCGCUCUCGCCGUCCCCUCCCGCUAAUUACCGCCGCUCAUUAACGCCCCGGCGGGGCCGGAACGCCUCGGUCCUCCAGCGCCAUAGAGCGCGGGGAGCGGAGCGGAAGGAGCGGCCCCGCCGGAAGUUCCGGGAGCGGCGGCGCUCUCCCAUAACCCCCCGCGCGCGCCGCCGCCGCCUCCCUCAGCAGCGCCGCCGCCAUGGGCAUCGACAUCCGGCACGACAAGGACCGCAAGGUGCGGCGGAAGGAGCCCAAGAGUCAGGACAUCUACCUGCGGCUGCUGGUCAAGCUGUACCGGUUCCUCGCCCGCCGCACCAACGCUCCGUUCAACCGCGUUGUGCUCAAACGCCUCUUCAUGAGCCGCUCCAACCGCCCCCCGCUGGCUUUGUCCCGUCUGAUCCGCAUGAUGCGCAAGCCGGGCCGCGCCGGCAGCACGGCCGUGGUGGUCGGAACCGUCACCGACGACGUUCGCAUCCAGGACGUGCCCAAGCUCAAGGUCUGCGCCCUCAGGGUGACCCGCGGGGCUCGGACGCGGAUCCUGCGGGCCGGGGGCUCCAUCCUGACCUUCGACCAGCUGGCCAUGGCCUCCCCCAAGGGCAAGGGCACCGUGCUGCUCUCAGGCCCCCGCAAGGCCCGGGAGGUUUUCCGGCAUUUCGGGAAAGCGCCGGGGACCCCCCACAGCCACACCAAGCCCUACGUGCGCUCCAAGGGGCCGAAGUUCGAGCGGGCGCGCGGCCGCCGCGCCAGUCGGGGCUACAAGAACUGAGCCCCCUCCCCAAAAUGGGACAAUAAACGGGGGCAGGAGGAGCCCCCAGAACGCC